AUGGCGACGGCUUCGCAAGCAAACAACUUGUGGAGAUCCGGCAGUCCGCAAGCUUGGCGCAUUUUGAUUGCCCCCAAGGAGAAGCGACUGCCCUACCGUAGUGUCUGUAUCAGCUUCUCGAGUGGUGUGCUCAAGACGCCGUUCUUUCGCGCGCUGAAUCCGCGCAUGCGGAUCCCGGUCCUCGUCGAGCCAGUUGAGCCGACACGACAACAGGCCGAGGAGGAGCGAACAGCUGGACAAACAAUCGAUGCAACUGCAACAAGCAAUGUCGGACACGUUGCGAUUCCGACGGUCAGCAUGUCGCAGGGUCGUACAACCGUGUUCGAAUCUGACGCGAUCUUGGCGUACCUGGAGAAGGCGUACGACGAGGCACCUUGUAUGCCACGGUCCCCAGCUCUGUACGCCGUGUCGCAGUCCCGUUUGCAUGAAUCGAGCAAGAUCUUGUCCGUCGUGGGCGAUUUGGUCGUCUACUUGCGCCGAUUUCCACAUGAGAAACGCGAUAUCGCAGUUGUGAAUGCGAAGUGGGUGCCGGUCGAGUGCGAAUUGAGACUGUGGGAGUCGUCUCUGGAUGGCCAUCAGUAUCUCGUGGACCCCAACGUGCCGUACCUGUGCGACUUUCCUCUCUUUACAAACUUUGCGUACGCAGUACGAUGUGGCUUGCAGCUCAACGGAUUGUACCUGUAG